AUGAAGGCGAUCGUAGCCUGUUUGUUUAACGUGUUAAUGGUCGUGAAAAGUGAUGAAUACCUUAAUGUUACGUACGAACCCGCUCAACGUCAAUUAUUGGACUUUAAGGAAGAACAUCAGUACCCGAUAGGACUAUGGACUAAAAAUAACGGAGAUCCAGUUGACAUACGUGACACAGUAACAAUUAACUCCGACCAAUUUAGCAAUGAAUUAUUUAUUGAUACAUUCACGACAACAGUCGGCGAAAGAAUACCAGAGCGAAUUGCUACUGCAAAAGGCACUGGGGCCUUUGGCUAUUUUGAAGUAACAAAAGAUAUCUCAAAGUAUACAUACGCUGAUGUCUUUAAUGGUGUGGGUAAGAAAACACCUGUAGUUGUCAGGUUUGCAACAGCAUUUCAAAACAAAGGUGGAUCCGAACUUGUCAGAGACUUAAAAACUAUGGCGGUUAAAUUUUACACUAAACAAGGAAACUUAGAUAUCCUUGCUCUUUCAAUACCUAUUUUUGCUUUUAAAGAUCCGAUGUUGUCAAGGGACAUAAAUCAUGCUUUUAAAAGAAAUCCUCAAACUAAUCUGUACGAUUUCACAAGUGUUUAUGAUUUAGCAACACUAAGACCUAGCUUUGGCCACGCUCUCUUUUGGGUAAUGUCUGAUUAUGGUAUUCCGGAUGGGUACAGAAGGAUGGACGCAUUUCCCAUUCACACUUACGAACUUUCCAAUAAGCAUGGAGAGACACACUACGUGCGAUUUAACUUCAGAACUGACUUAGGUUUCUCAUACCUCACAACCGCCCAAGCAGCCGCCAUUCAAGCAGUUGAUUUGGAUUACUAUACUCGAGAUUUGUACAACGCUAUUGACUCAGGAAAAUAUCCUUCGUGGACACUUGAAAUGGAUGUGAUGACGAUACAUGACUUGGAAAAGGUCCACUACGAUCCUUUCGAUAUAACAAGACUGUGGAAGAAUGGUACAUUCCACACGGUGCCAAUUGGGCGGUUGGUAUUAAAUAGGAACGUUGAAAAUUAUUUUAGAGAUAUCGAACAAGCAGCCUUUGAUCCUGCUCAUUUAGUGCCAGGUAUUCCUGGGCCGAUCGACUAUUUGUUCCGUGGUAGAAGAAUGGUCUAUAAAGAUGGACGAAAUUACCGCCUGGGAAGAAACAACGAAAACAUUUUAGUAAACAUGCCAUUGCACUCGAAGACGUAUGUUCGUGAUGGGAGGCCACCGGUUAGGCUUAACAUGAAAAACGCUCCAAACUAUUAUCCUAAUUCAUUCCAUGGACCUGUUCCGUAUGUGGAUGAGCACAGACCGUUGAAAAAGUUGCAAAUUUUGCAAAGUAAUGCUGUAGAUUUGGAACCGAUGUGGUAUUUCUACAAUUAUAUUCUGGAAGACGAAGCUCACAAGCAGAGAUUUAUUGACAACAUUGUGUUAUCUCUUGUACCUGUCACUCCGCCAGUCAUUCAGAGAACUCUAAAACUACUAUUCUUGGUGGACCAAAGUUUGGGUGAGCGAGUAAAGGCUGCUUAUGAAGUAGCAGUUGCAACCCAGCAAGCAGAACGUAUAGCUGCCCCUCCUAAAACUGUGUCUUUUCGAAGAGUUCCAUCUUCGGAGACUUAUAGGGAUAACACGCCUCUGCAUUGGGCACCGCAGAGUGCCCCUGCAGUGCCCAAUGCUGGCUACAACGACGACGACGAUAACAUUGAUUCCGUAUUCGGACUGGUGAGAGCGGCGGUGCGCCAACUGAGCGCCAAGAAUACCGCCCCAGAACCUGAUGGGUUGUAUGCUAAGUCUUGGCUCCUGGCCUCGGAGGUCCUAAGGCUCGACUAA